AUGCUAAUGCCAAUGCUCAGGGCGGCUUUGGAGGACUCGGCGGUCGCCCAGGAUUUGGCGGUGGCCCAGGAUUUGGCGGUGGCCCAGGAUUUGGCGGUGGCCCAGGGUUCGGCGGUGGCCCAGGGUUCGGCGGUCGCCCUGGAUUUGGUGGUGGCCCAGGGUUCGGCGGUGGACCAGGGUUCGGCGGUCGCCCAGGAUUUGGUGGUGGCCCAGGGUUCGGCGGUGGUCCAGGUUUCGGCGGUCGCCCAGGAUUUGGUGGUGGCUCAGGAUUUGGUGGCGGCUCAUCUUCGGCCUCAGCCUCUUCCUCGGCAUCGGCUAGUGGUGGCGGACGUGGUGGCGCUGGAUCCGCUUCUGCAUCGUCAUCCGCCAAUGCCUCCGGGGGCAGAUUCGGUUAGACCGAUCCAAGCUAUACUGGUAUUUGGAGUUAAGCGAUAAGAAAUGACUGUGAAUAAAACUUAAAUAAAUUAAAAUUAUAUACAAGUA